GUCACGUUGACAUAAAAAUGACAUAGAUAAUAAAACGCUACGGAUUUCGUUUCAUGAUUCGAUGUCGUAGAUUUUGUAUUAUUUGUAUUGUAGUUUUUUCGCUAUCAUGUUUAUAUUUUAAUAUUUAUCUCAGCUGGUUUACGUCCCCGCAGCUUAGUACUGUGGUGUAUUUACUUAUAUAUUGCUCAUGUUACGUUUCGGUUAAAUUAGCAAAGGAAUAAAUAUUAAAUAUGUUUUCUGCUCUCAAGAAACUAACGAGAAGCGGAGAUGAUCGCUGUCCAGCUCCUUUGCCCAUGUCUUCUUCUUUGCAGAAGAAGUUUUCCAAGGGGGUUCAUUUUAAUAUGAAAAUACUGAUAAAAGGCGACAGGAAUGUUGGAAAAUCUUGCCUAUUGCAGCGUUUACAAGGUGGACCCUUUAUCGAAGAUUAUGCGCCCACUGAUCAAAUACAAGUUGCGCCUAUACACUGGACAUAUAAAAAUACUGAUUACAUUGUUAAGGUAGAAGUAUGGGAAGUAGUAGAUAAAGGUCGUACAAAGAAGAAACCACCAUUAGGCUUAAAACUGGAGAACCAGUCCGCUGCAGCAACCACAGAAGAUGGUUAUGAAACCCCAGUUCUUGAUGCCACAUUCUUAGAUGUAUAUAAAAAUGCCAAUGGCGUUAUUUUGAUGCUGGAUAUUACAAAGCCUUGGACUUUUGACUAUGUGGUAAAAGAGUUAUCUCAAGUGCCAGCUGAUCUCCCAGUAGUGGUGCUAGGCAACCAUUGUGACAUGCAGCACCACAGACAAGUACAUCCCCACCACAUUGAACAAGCUCUUCACCAUGCCAAACUUAUAAGAACUGCUCCUGUGCGUUAUGCGGAGUCUUCAAUGCGAAAUGGAUUUGGACUACGAUUACUGCACAAAUUUCUCAGUGUGCCAUUUUUAAGGCUUCAAAAGACAAGCUUACUAGAACAACUACAGAGGAAUCAGAGAGAUGUUGAGGAAAUUGAAAAGGAACUUGAUGACUUCCAGAAUUCUGAAGAGUCCCACUACAAUCUGUUUGUGGAUCGCCUUGCAAAUAAACGACGACAAAGUGCGGGCCAGCUUGAACAUCGCCCGGCUAAUGAUCGUUCUCCUAGCAUCGUGCUUGGAGCUGGCAAACCCAUUGUACCACCUAGUGUCAAUCCUCUUGUAGCGCAAUCCUUGGCUGGCAAUGGAUUGAAAACGCAAAGCCACUAUGUUAGCUCUGAAUUAACAAAGCCUAAAAAUCAAGUUAGUAUGGAAAUGACGCCACCUCGACUACCUCAACAAGACAGUGGACCGAGUACGCCAUCGGGCGUUAAUAUAUCCGCAUCAUCUGGCUGUCUGGAUGAAUUUUAUGCAGGAACAUUGGACAGUAGCUUUUUGGAAGACCUUCCAGCAAUAGCCACCUCCAACCAAGAAAUUGCAUAUGACACUGAAAGCGAAGAUGAAAAUACUACAAAUCCUAAAGUAACAAUCGAUCAAGAAGACCUGGACUUCGAAAUUAGUUCUUCAGCGGAACUUAAAGUUGAGACAAAGUUGCCAACGGAAAAGGUAUCAAGAACAAGCCAAGAUGAAGAUAACCUUGACAAAAUGAUGAGUAGGAUGAAAAUGGAGGAGGAUGUUGAUAGCCAUGGGUCAGAUAUAGGAGUCAUGCCUAUAUUUGAAAAAAGUCGUCAUAUUGACUUGCAAAUUUCACUGGACAACGACUUUCCAUUGUGGGCUGGCGAUACGAGUGCAAGAAGAUCUCCUGAAGGUGGUGAAGAUCCUGACACGGCUAAAGAACCCAGUGACAAGGAAAAAAAACAUAAGAAGAAGAAAUCAAAAGACAAGGACAGAGGAGAUUACAAUGAAAAAUCCGAGAAAAAAGAAAAGAAGCAUAAACACAAGAAAUCAAAAAGUGAUAAAAAGCCUUCUCACCCUCAACUGGACUUAUUGGCACCGUCGUCGGCAACAGAGUUUAAUUACGAAGAGUACGAUAGCAUUUAACAUCAAUAUUUUAUUAUUUGAACUUCUACAUUCCAUUCGUCUAUAUUUCGUGUGAUUUUUAUAAAUGUCUGUAUGAUAUGACGUAAAUAUAAUCUUUAUUAUUAUGAACAUAUAGUAAAGUCGACGGCGUGUUUCUGCAGCAAAUUGACGGCUCUAAAUACAACUGCAUAGCAUGGACUUUAUAAUUAUGUAGUCUGACUUACAAGCACCAUAAUUUUUCUAUUUCGUGUAAAUGAGUUAUGAUAGAAGUACCUCGUCAGCGCAUCUGGAGUUUACUUUAGAAUUCGUUUUUACUUUUGAAUUACCGGAUGUCUAGGCGUUCAUCCUGAAGCACUCAAUUAAACAAAAAAGCUUUCAACACAUAUGCAGACAAGCAUACCCAUCACCAUAUAGAACAACUAUUUGUAUUAAUUUUAAUGUAUUAAAUAUUUUAAAUACAUACAGAAGUAAUAAUAAUCGGGAAGCAUAAUUUAUGGAAUCUCAAAUCUAGUAUUGGCAGAAAGCAAACGUAAUAAAUUUUCUAGUAUGUAAAUAUAAAAACUAGUUUAAUCUAUCUAUAGCCAUGAAAUUAAAAGGUCAAGCACAUUAUUUUUCCAGUAUUCUUUGCAAUGUUUUAGCAUAUAAAUAUAUCUUUGCAGCAAUCAUUUGAUUAGAAUAUUGCAUUUGAGAGCUGAAUAUUUAUUUCUAUGGGUAAAGGAACAAUGCAAUACUGGUAUCUAGUGCAUAAUAAUUUAAUAUGCCAGUUAUUCCACAGAUACAGUUAAUCCAGUAAACUUCCGUAAGAAGUGAAGUGGUACCCCUGGCACUAUGUUAUAAUUGAAUAGGGUAGUUCAUGACUCUGACUAUUUUGUCUGUGUUCUUGAGUUGAGAUAGAUUUGCACUUAUUUGUAUGUCUAGUUAUGUCGAAUGGUGCCAAAGUGGAUUCUACUUGUAAUUCAGAUGAUAAUGGCCUUGGAUGUGCAUUUAUUUUUGCAACGGAUACCUAUUGAUGAAUGUCUGCCUUUUUACUGACAUAUCCCUUUUAUAAUAUAUCUAGCUUCGUCUUAACAAGUCUGUUAUUAUUGAAAACGUGCAAUGCAAUUCGUAUAAUGUUUGUAAUCGUAAGUUAAAAUUGAAAUUAAAUACCUCGUUACAGCAUAAAAUAUUUUAUCAUGUUAUAUGUAUGCUUGUUGUCUAAAUAAAAUGUUUUAACAACGCA